AGACAAUCAGAGUGCUGUGAUAGAAGCUACAUGUGCGUGUGCGUGCAACGGCCAUAUUGUGUUGAAUGAAUGCGAGAAGUGACUAGGCUAAAGAAGCCAAAAUUAUUAUCUUCCAACAUCUUCUAGUUGAGAAGUAAUCGCCCGUUGUUAUUACAAUGGAGAAUGUUUAUGGAAUUGGUGUAGCCAAUAGGUACGCUCUUUUUUUGGAUGAUGAAUCCGACCCCCUGGAAGCUUUGAAGCAGAAGGAGGAAGAAAGAGAGGCUAAAAAGAAAGUCAAAGUUGCCGAAAAGGAAAACACCAAGACUAAACAGGAAAUCCAGCCUAAAAGUAAAACAGGGCCGGUUGCUAAGAAAACUAAGGAGAUCAUUGGAAAAUCUGUCGAGAAACGCGACGACUUGAAGUCCAACAUCCAAAAAGGUUCUAACGAUGGCAAAAACGAACGUAGUUUCGAAAAGAAGAACAAUGAAAACCGCGAGGCUGUGAAUAAUAGAAGAAACCGUGAAGACAACCGUAGUUUCAGGGGGAACGAGCGUGGUGAGUUCCGUAAAGACCGUGAAGAUAGAAUUAGGAACAAUAAUACUGGAGACUUCGAAAAUCGCCCCAGACCGGAGCGAGGAGACCGUAACAACCGUGAACGUAACUUCAACAAACCUGGAGAAAACCGUGGACCCCGAAAACCAUUCAAUGAACGCCGAGGAAAACGUGAAUUCGACAGGCAAAGCGGAUCGGACAAAACCCAUGGUUACAGAGGAGUGAAACAUGUGGACAAGCGCGACGGUUCUGGACCACACAACUGGGGAUCCAACAAGGAUGUCAUCGAAGAGGCUGAUCCUAACAAGACUACCGAAUCUAAUGACAAAUGGGCGGAAAAUGAGGCUAACGUAUCGAACGAAUCCAAGGGAGAAGACACCUCUGAGCCAGAAGCACCCCAACCGGAAGAACCAAAGGAACUGACCCUGGACGAAUGGAAAGCUCAGCGUGCUGGCCGUGCUAAACCUACCUACAAUAUCCGGAAAGCUGGUGAAGGCGAAGAUCCCUCCCAAUGGAAGAAGAUGUAUGAACUGAAGAAGAAAGAGGAUGAAGAGGAAACCGAAGAGGAGGAGUACGAAAUGAACGAAUACCCCCAACGUGUUGGCAGACAAAAGCACAUUCUGGACAUAGAUAUACAAUUCAACGAUAGCAGACGUCCCGGUCAAGGAAGAGGUAAAGGACCCAGAUCUGGACCAAGAGGGCCUGGAAACAAACCAAACCCACGUGGAGAGAGACCAGAAAGACGGUUCCGUGAUGAUCAGGGCGAAGAAAAACAGGACGUUCGUAGGGCCCCAAAAGUGGACGAUGAACGUGACUUCCCAUCACUUGGUUAAGUUCGCAACCAAUCACUACAGGGUGGAGCAUGCGCGCGCCUCGCUUAACCCUAAAAACGUUAAAAAGUUUCAAUGAACUUUUGAAAUUCAGUUUUCUUCUAAUAAUUAGAGACUACUACUACAUCAGUUUGGCAGUGUAGUGACUUUGUGCAGUUUUAAAACAGAUCAUUUCAAUUUUUCAACUUGACGUAAAUUUGAUAGUAAGAAAAGUGUUGAAAUUUCUUAUAUAUAAUUGUUUAUCAGUGUAGUCUGUGAUCCCAGGUCUGGGUGACGGUUACUAGUCAGUGUUAAGCUACAUUGUUAACGGUUUCUAGUGGCUGCUUUUGAAAAUUAUGAUCUUGUUUAUAUACUUAACACAAAUUUGAUGGUUUUUAUUUUCGAUCAAAUUUUCGAAUCGAAUGAACAACUUAAUGUUUAUUCUUUGUUUCUAGGAUUAUUUCAACAGAUAAUCUACACUUUGCAUUAUCAUACGAACGUUGUUUUGUAUUUAACUGGAUGUCAUUUCUGAUAUCAAUAAACUUUCAAACUGGUUCAA